CGAAACCCGACCCGAAAUAUAAUUGUCAAAAUUCUCGGGUUUCCUAGUCCUCUGUGUCAGUGUCUUUGCUCGAAGACAGGGAAAAUCAAAGCUUUCGGUAUUUAUAAUAGAGAGAAAACUAAGUUGACAAGAAAGGAAAUUUUCUCUCAUUCGACAUUGUUGAGGGAAAUUGAGGUGAAUGGCGGCCUUGCAAUACCUAGACUCUCUUCGAAAUGAACAUCCAGAGCUAUCCGAUUGGUAUAGUUCUCUUGCAGAUCUGUAUCAGAAGAAGCUUUGGCAUCAACUUACCCUCAAGCUUGAUCAAUUCGUUGCUCUUACCUUCUUCCAGGCUGGAGAUGCACUGAUCAAGUUGUAUCAUAAUUUUAUCACUGACUUUGAGACCAAGAUUAAUCUUCUCAAGCUCGCACAUUUUGCUGUUAUAGUUUCUCGGCAAUACUCAGAGAAAGAAGCUGCUAUUAGUUAUCUCGAAGGGGUUAUUGAAAAGCUUCGAGCUACUAAAGAGAAGCGCAUAGAAGAACCUAUUCUUUAUAUCGAGAUGCAAGUCGCCAAAUUCAAGCUUGAGCUGGGCGACCAAAAGGAGUGCAAGAAACUUCUUGAAGAUGGAAAGAGUACCCUUGACAGUAUGGAUGGCGUAGAUCCAUCUGUGUAUGCUAGCUAUUAUUGGGUUUCAUCUCAAUACCAUAAAUUUCGUCAAGAAUUUGCUGAGUUCUAUAAAAGUGCUCUCCUUUAUCUUGGGUACACAUCGGUGGAUUCUCUCUCAGAAUCUUUUAAGUUGGAUUUGGCAUUUGAUCUAUCCCUUUCUGCUCUUUUGGGAGAUAAUAUCUACAACUUUGGGGAACUGCUUGCUCAUCCUAUUGUAAAGAGCCUUUUGGGGACCAGUGUAGAGUGGCUUUACUAUAUCCUCCUAGCCUUCAACUCAGGGGAUUUAGUUCACUAUCAAGAAUUGUGUCGCAUACACAAUGCUGCAUUGAGGACACAACCAGCCUUGGUUGAGAAUGAGAAGAGGCUCUUGGAAAAAAUUAAUGUUCUUUGCUUAAUGGAGAUUAUCUUCAGCCGCCCGGCUGAAGAUCGAACCAUUCCUUUAAAAGUUAUAGCUGAGCGAACAAAACUGUCGAUUGAGGAUGUUGAGCAUCUUCUCAUGAAGAGCCUGUCUGUGCAUCUGAUAGAGGGUAUAAUAGAUCAAGUUAAAGGAACUGCCUACAUCUCCUGGGUGCAGCCGAGAGUUCUGGGAAUCCCACAGAUCAAAUCCUUGCGGGAUCGGUUGGAUAGUUGGGUGGGCAAAGUACACACUGCUUGCUUAUCAAUCGAAGCUGAAACACCCGACCUUGUCGCACCAUGAUCUUUUUUCCCUUUCUGUCCAGUAUACGAAAAGGAAACAAAAGGAAAAGGCAAUGGCAAGCAAUGAGGAUAUUGCUUGAUCUUUAAAUCGUUCUUUUGAAAGGAGAGCGGCUCAGACCUUUUGGCAUUUGUUGGAUCUCAAUGGCAAUGGCAAUGGCAAUAUGCCUAAGGAUACAGUGUUAAAAAUUGAAAAGAGCGUCUUUUCUGUUUCUUAAACUUUGUAUUAGGAAUUUUCAUUAGAAACAAUAAGAUGAUCCACUUUCAUAUGGGAUGAUGAAAAUGCAUUUUCAUUUGUUUUC